GCCCGAUCCCUCUGCUGUGUCAAUCCUCCCCUGAGAGCUCCUCACCAUGGCCCCCAAGAAGAAGGAAGAGCCCAAACCUGCAGCGGCCCCCAAACCUCCCGAGCCUGAGCGCCCCAAGACCCCGGAGUUUGAUCCUGCAGGAGUGACGCUGGAGUUCACGCCAGAGCAGAUUGAGGACUUCAAAGAUGCCUUCCAGCUGUUUGACAGGACACCAACCAACGAGAUGAAGAUCACUUAUGCACAGUGCGGUGAUCUGAUCAGGGCUUUGGGCCAGAAUCCUACCAAUGCUGAGAUCAUGUAUGUCCUUGGAAAGCCCAAGCCUGAGGACAUGCAGAGCAAGAUGCUCGACUUUGACCAAUUCUUGCCCAUGCACCAACACAUCUGCAAGGCCAAGGACCGCGGAACGUUUGAGGACUUUGUUGAGGGUCUGAGGGUGUUUGACAAAGAGGGGAAUGGCACAGUCAUGGGCGCUGAGCUCAGGCACGUUCUGGCAACACUGGGUGAGAAGAUGAAGGAGGAUGAGGUGGAGCAGCUGAUGCAAAACCAAGAGGACGCCAAUGGAUGCAUAAAUUAUGAGGCUUUUGUAAAACACAUUAUGGCAUCUUAAAGAGGUUCGUGCCUCUUUGAGCUUUCUCUGACAGUCUGGUGCCACAGCAGCACUUAUUAUGCAUUAUGCAGUCAGUACGAGUGUGUAAUCAUUCCUGAAAAAAAAAACAAGACACCAAACUGUUGACCUUUGAAAAUCUUUGUGUCUCUGCAAAUUCCACCCUUAAUAUUUAUCCUUUCUAUGUGUCUCAGAUGGUUCAAUGUCAAGUUCCACGGCCAUUUCAGGUGCUCAUUGUUUUUCUAAGUCCCCUUUUGUUGAUGCUAUGCACACACUAAAGA